UCCCCCAGACCCUCCCAGAGCCUUUAUCAGGGAGCUGGGACUGAGUUCCUGCCACCUCCCGGAUUCCCUCCACUCUGCUUUUCUCUUCCUGGCAGCUCUGCAGCGUGUGGGGAGUGGGGAGUGCUCCCAGCCAGCUCUCUGAUCCUGCCAGUCCAGAGCAUCAGGCUCAGAGCAGCUCUACAGACAUCAUGAGGAGCAUCCUGCUGUUUGCAGCCAUCCUGGCCCUUAGUCUGGGUUCAAUCUUUGGGGCUGUCUGUGAGGAGUCACAGGAGCAGGUGGUGCCCAGUGGGACCCACAGCAAGGACUCAGAUCUCUACCAGCUGCCCCCAUCGUUGCUGCGGAGACUCUAUGACAGCCGCUCAGUCUCUCUGGAAGGAUUGCUGAAAGUGCUGAGCAAGGCUAGCAUGGAUCCUAAGGAAUCGUCUCUUCCCCAGAAGCGUGACAUGCAUGAUUUCUUUGUGGGACUUAUGGGCAAGAGGAACAGCCUUCCAGACACACCUACUGAUGUGAAUGAAGAGAACAUCCCCAGCUUUGGCACCUUCAAGUAUCCCCCUAGUGUGGAAUGAGCACUCUACUUCUGAACCCCUGGGCUGCAUCAUGGAGACACUGUCCCCUGUCCCAAUCCCAGGUGGACGUUACCCUAUUUCCCUUUCUGUUCCUAUUCCUGUAAUAUUCUUGUGCUUUAACUCCUUCCCUAUCCCCUCUAGUAACUGGUGACUAUCCCCAAUCCUAAUAGGCACUGACUGUGGAUUCUAUAGAUUAACUAUAGUUUCUGUAGUGUCCUACAUUAAAAAUGUCUCUCUCUUCCUCAACAAUAAAGGAUUUUUACAUAUGA